AUAAGACUGCCCCGAGCAGGGUGGGGAGGGGGGUGAGUCACUCCUCCGCCGAGAGCCGCUGUUAGCAGAGGAGGGUCGCGCGCUGCUCAGCGGGGGAGAUGGCGGCGAGUGCCCGCGAGGCGUGGCGGGGCCGUUACUACCGGCUCGAGGAGAUCCAGGCGCACAACCACAGCCAGAGCACCUGGAUCCUGCUGCACCACCGCAUCUACGACCUCACCAAGUUCCUGGAGGAGCAUCCAGGUGGUGAAGAAGUCCUAAGGGAGCAAGCUGGAGGAGAUGCUACUGAAAGCUUUGAAGAUGUUGGCCAUUCCACAGAUGCCAGAACUCUGUCUGAGACAUUCAUUAUAGGGGAGCUUCAUCCUGAUGAUAGAGACAAAGUUCAGAAACCAACGGAAACACUUAUUACCACUGUGGACUCUAAUUCCAGUUGGUGGACCAGUUGGGUGAUCCCAGCAAUAGCAGCAAUUAUUGUGGCCCUGAUGUAUCAUUUCUACAUGUCAGAGUAAGCAUCCUACUGAGAACCAAUACAAGGAGAGACUGAUUUGGGAAAGAAAACAGAAGCCAUCUUAACCCACUACACUUCCUGACAAAAGAAUAAUAGCUGAAAAGAAAUUUUUAAAAUUGAACUUUUCCAGAUAACUUUCUGCUGUGCACUUUCUUCUUAAUGCUACCUUUUACUCACUGUUUAAGCGCUAAAGGUAGUGUGUAUCUUUUGUAUAACAGUUUUAUUCUCUAAUGAACCAUUUGAGAUAACGCUGAUUUCUGUAUUACAACAGACAUGUAUGUACCAGCCUGAAACUUGUAACAUUGCUUCUUUAAUGUUUAUUAAGGCUCUGUCUGAAUUUAAUAUGAAUCCGUCAGCCCUAAAUAACUAUGAAAACUGGUGGGCAUGUGUCCAUGAAAACACUGUUCAUUUUACCUUUUACCCAUAAUCUUGUAUUCUUUGCUUGCACUCUAGCACUGCUUUCAAAUCAAUUGUUUUUUCUUUCUACAUAAAGAAACAAAUUCCAUUUUUUAACCUUUUUAUUUAAAAAUAAAAGGGAGAAAACUCUGUAGUAGUAGGUCUAAGGGUCUGUAAAGCUUGUAAACAUACAUAGUGUGUAGCCUGUACAAUGUGUGGACCUACAUGUCAGGCUGUACAAUGGCCUACUUAAAAGCUUCCUGACAUCUUGGUACCUAGGACUGGUACAGAGUGCUACCAUAAAAAAGCCAGAUUGCUUAAUUCAGUUGCUCUUUAGAAAACCAUCACCUGAAGCAUAGUGAAAAUGAAACUUAGGAUAGAUAAUGUUUAUAUGAAGUGUCCCAAUUAUUUUCCUAUCUAUUUUGAAAAAAAAACACAUACAAAUCAAAAGCUCUUUUAUUGGUUCUGCCUUUUUGGGGGGAAAAUAUUUUAUGUAAUUUCCACAACAGGUAAUUUUUCUAAAUGGAGCAAAAUAUUGCUUUUUAGCAACCAGAGCUCUGUACUGACAUGACUAUAACACAUCCUACAACUUGAGUCAAAUCUUUAGGAAAUCUUCAACUUAAAGCUAUGGUUCCUAGUGAGUGAAACUCGUUAUCUAAAUCUGCACUAAUGACUCAGUUUACUGUGCUCCUUAGUACUAAGGAAAAAAGGUAACAUACAACUUGUACUUAUCAUGAAAUAACUCCUUGGGAUAGGAAUCUUGCUGUUUGCGUUUUCUGGGGCAAUGUUUUUAACUUCUGCUACUAUAUUUUCUAUGUAUUCGUAUGCACAAUAUUCAUGAAUAAAAGCAAAUCCCUGGUGUAUCUUCCCAUA